AUGAACACCGGCAUGGCUUGGAGCUCUAGAGUUCUAUUUGUCAUAUUAUGCUUGGCCUCUUUUACCUCACAAGGGCUAUCCCAAGGACCAUCCUCCAUAUCGCAAAAGGCAUCGAUUAUGCAAUGUUGGUCGGCGUUAUUUGAUCUUGGGUUUUGCUACGGUGAUCUUUCCAGGGCUGCACGAACCGGCAGAGUUGAUGUUAGUAUCGGGCCGACUUGUUGCAAAGCUGCAACAAGCAUGAAUUCUGGGUGUUGGCCUAAAAUAUUCCCUUUCAACCCGUUCUUUCCUCCAAUCCUCCAGAUCAUUUGUUCUAAUUACCCAUCAGUAACUCUUGACGGACCAACCAGUGCACCAUAUGUGGUGGGAUUAUUGGCGGAUGCUCCAAGUAAUUAG